AAGCGAAGAAGCACCAUCCUGUACUUCAACAGAUACAAUUCAGAGCUUCAGUAUACAUGGACGUGUUGACUAUACUGUAAGGAACCUGGUACCCUACACCAACUACACUUUUAGAGUUUAUCCAUUUACAUCAGUUGGGAGAGGGAAAUCCAAAGAGAUGAGAGAGCAAACUUUGGAAGAUACACCUUCUGAGCCAAGAAAUGUGAUGGCAGUCAACAUCACCCAGAAUGGAAAAACUGGCCUGAACAUAACAUGGAAGGCUCCAGACAAUCCUCGUGGAAUUAUAACUGGAUAUCAGCUUCGUGUAACUGAUAAUCAGGACAGCAAUUUCCAUAAUGCAACUGAUGAGUUUAAAGCUCUCCCAGAUCUUCUUAGUUAUCAAAAUCACACCAUUGAGGUGCAUGCUUAUACUGUUGCAGGCCCUGGAAAUUGGAGUAAUCCACUCACAGUAUUAACCGGAGAAGCACCAGAAUCCAAGGGUAUUUUAAUAGACGUUACAAAGUCUACUUUCUACCUCCAGUACCACAGCCGUUCCCAGAGCUCUAUCAAGCCCAGCUCAUUCGACACUGCAGUCCUCCUGGCAGACCGCGCCCGGGAGAGGGACCACAUGGAACGAGAACAGUCCGCAGCUGCACAGAGAAUUCUUGAGGAGGCAUACCAGGCAGCUGCUCAGGGCCAGGAGUCACAGGGCCACCUCAGGGCCCAAGCCCAGCCCUCUGGCCUGCUCACCCUGGGGGGACAGUCCCAGCAGGGAGACCCAGACUCCUUUGAGGCAUGGCAGGCUAGAGCUCAACAAGUGUUUGAUGAAUCAGACCUAUUUAUCUCCGGUGCCCAAAUGCCAAUCAAGAGUGACGAGUCUCGCCUCUACUGGACCCCUGCUCCACCCAAGAUGGACGUCCCUCCGGCCAAAGUCCAGGAGCACCUGUUUGCUAACUACCACAGUGCUGCUCUUAUGGAACAGGAGGAAGCUUCCCAGAUGCAUGACUCAGAGGAAGAAGAAGAUAUGGAGGAGGAGAGUAUUUGGGAUGACACGGAUCCAGAAGAUAGACUUGCUAAAGAGAGAGUCCUGCAGAGAAGACAUGACUCUGCGGCAGACAUCACCAAGCUGAUGAGGGCAGUGUUGGAGAAGGCAGAGGAGGAAGAUAGGGAGGCAGAGAGGGCCAGAGAGCAGGGAGAGACCCAGGCUGAGUCUCCACAGACACUGGUCAAGACAGACAGUCUGGCCACACUGACCACAGCCAGCUCUGGGAGCAGCUUCUUCUUCCAGCCCACGGUGAAACCAGCUGAAGAAGAAGAUAAAACUCCCAAAUUUCUAACUGAUGAUGAGAUAUUUCCAGUGUUCCCAAAGCUAAGGAGGACAAAUUCUAUGCCCAAUCUCUAUGGGGAUGAUGAGGACUUCCUGUUUAUACCGCAAGAUUUCAAUACAGCUAUGGAUGAGAUUACAAAACAAAUGAAACAGAUCAAAGAAGCAAAACUUGGCAAGAAAACACCAGUUCAACAACUGCCAGAAGAAGUUAUUGAGAGUGAGUCGGGUGCAAAGACUGGUGUUGCAAGGACAAGAAGUCCCACCACAGAGCAGAGGGUAUAUACCAGAAAACAGGAAUAUGAUGACAAGCCCACUCUUGCAGAAGAGACUUUGGAAGCAGGGAGAAAAUAUGUCAUGUACCCAAAAAGAAAGAAGAAGAAGAUGGUGCCCCUGGACAUGGCCAGACUGGAGGAGAUAGAGAGGUUCCUGGCCAUGCCUCCUGGAAAACUGGAGAGAACAGAAUCACUGCCUAAAGUCAACGUGCCAGUAGAGAGGCUGCUACGAGUGCCUCAACAUGUGAAAAACAAGCACAGAAGAAGUAUACCAGAUAUACUGGAUUUUGAUUCCUUUGCUGAAAAAAGAGGAUAUAAUGGAGAAGAUGAAAGAGAAUGGACUCGAGAUAUCUGGAAUGCUUGGUUUGAUGAGGUAUUUCCUCCCACGCAGAGUGAGAGAGACGAGGAUGAGGCCAGAGCCAUGAGCGCCAUGUCCAGCACCACAGACAGAAGUGUGCGCUCUAAGGGGCAUGCCAGUGUUGUAAGCACCCACAUCUCAGAGGUGAUCGAUGAAAUUGAACCACUGGCAGAUACUGAAGAAAAUGCAGAAGCUAUUUUACUGCUCCAGGAUGAAGUUGAGAAAUUAAGUGAGCUUAUAAACCAGAGCCCAACUCCCACUGCCUUUGAUCUCUGCAGGAGGGGGGCCAUAUAUAGGAAGCUUGGUCAGAUUAAGUUGGGCCUAGAGGACCUGGACAGAGCGAUAGCCUUAGAGCCUAUGUUACUGGAUGCUUACUGGCACAGGCAUCUGCUGCAUUUAUUGAAGGGGAAGAAAAACGAUGCACUGGAAGAUCUGAACUUCCUAUUGCGGCACAGCAAGCAGCAUGCUGGGGCUUACAGGUCAAGAGCUGAAAUCUACCGAGAGUCUGGGGAUGUAACCAUGGCGAUAGUCAAUUUCAAUCAGGCUAUAAAGCUUGACCCCAAUGACCAUGAGGCUUACUAUCGGAGGGCAGAGAUGUAUGAAAAGAGUGGAGAGAUGCGUCUAGCAUUAGAGGAUUAUGCCAUUGCUACCAGACUGGCUCCAGAGAAGACUGAGGCCUUGUUCAAACACGGACUCUAUUAUUUCAACAGUCAAAACUGGCAGCCUUGUAUAAAUGACUUUACAGACCUACUAAAGGUGGAACCAAACAAUGCAGAGGCCAGGACAUAUCGUGGACGCGCUUUUGCCAAAAUGUCUCAGUGGACCCCAGCCAUAGAAGACCUCAGUGCUGCCAUUCAUCUGGAUCCCAAUAACAGUGUGGCACAUUAUCAUAGGGGAUGCCUUCUCAGAAAAUUGCAACCAAAGAAAGCUCUUCAAGACCUGAGUGUAUCUAUUAUACUGGAUGAUGGGGACUCCAAUGUGAUGGCGUAUUUCCAUCGAGGCAUUCUCUAUAACUCAACUGGAAGGCCAGAAGAUGCCAUCCCAGACUUUGAGACUGUCCUAAAACUGGACAAGGACAUCGCCAGUGCCCAUGUCAACCUGGGGCUCAUCUAUAUGACACAGCUGGACAAUGUUCAGAAUGCUAUAAGGAAGUUCUCUGCUGCCAUUAAAGUGGAUCCCACCUAUAUACGAGCUUAUGUCUGCCGUGCUGAGGCCUAUCAUAGGAUUCAUGAUCAUAGAAAUGCCCUGUUAGACUUCACAAGAGCCAUUCAUCUGAAACCAGAUACACAUCACUAUUAUAUGUACAGGGGUCAGCUUGUCCUUGAGAUGGGAAACCUGGAACUGGCAGCUUUCUGUGUCAGACAUGCAUCAGAGUUGAAUGCUGGUUUGGGUCAGAGCCCCAUGCAGCAGGCUGUGGUACAGUCCUUCCUCAAGAACUAUGACAAGGCAAUUGGAGCACUGGAGUCUGCCACCAGACAGAAGCCAGUGGCUUCCUUAUUCACCUUGCUGGGUAAGACACAAAUGAAAGCCAAACUGUGGAGAAAUGCCAUUGGGAACUUUGAUAAGGCACUGGGCAUUUUGAAACCUUGGUCUGAUAAAGACUCAUGGCCACACGAGGCAGCUGAGGUGCACUAUCUGAUCGGCAUGUGUAAUAUGGAACUGCGCGGUUAUCUUGAAGCUCAUGAAGCAUUUAACAAUGCCAUCAAAGUGGAUGGCACUAAUGCUGAGAUAUGA